AUGUCAGGCCGGGUCCCCUCUAUCGCUUGUAUAGGCGUAAUUGGCAAGCACAAUAAUCCACUGCAUAUCUCUCUCUUUCCGGCUGAGGAGAGGGCACCACUAGAGUUCCAGUUCCUUCUUUCCUCAUGUCUGGAUAUCUUCGAAGCUCGUCUACCGCACAAAACAGCAGACCAGGAUUUUGGACUGCUUCAAGCUGUAGACGAGAGGUUAGCAAUGUAUGGCUGGCUCACCAACACCGGAGUCAAGUUCGUCAUCGUUGUCGACAUGGAAGGCAGGCCAGCUACAGCUCUCGACAGCAAGACCGCGACUGCUGUUGGGCUACGAGAUGCGGACAUGAAACCUGCUUUCAGGGCGUUGCAGACAGCUUACAUCAAGCUUUUGAGGAACCCGUUCUACGAUCCAGAUGAGCACUCCCCAGUUACAGCAAAUGCCGAACAUAGGAUCGGUUCGACACAGAUCACAAGUCGCAAGUUCAUCCAAGAGGUCAAAAAGAUAGCCGAUGCGUGGUCUCCCGGCGUUACAAGCAUUUGA